AUGAAAGUAGCAGCAGCAGUGCUCACGGCCCUCGCGGCCUCGGCCGACGGCGCGGUGCUCUGGGACGGGCGGUUCAACGACCUGUCCUCGUCGCAGGACCUGCUGACCUGGUCGUGGAGCAACCAGGUCGGGCCCUACCAGUACUACAUCCACGGCUCGGGCUCGGUCGACAAGUACAUCAACCUGUCGCCGAGCUACAAGAACCCGAACGACACGGUGUCGAAGCAGGGGGCGCGCUUCACGCUCGACAGCACGGCCUACUGGAACGGGCAGAACAUGCGGCGCAUCGAGCUGAUCCCGCAGACCAAGGCGGCCAUCAACAAGGGCAAGGUGUUCUACCACUUCAGCCUGAUGCGCAAGGACACCAACCCGCCCAGCGUCAACCGCGAGCACCAGAUCUGCUUCUUCGAGAGCCACUUCACCGAGCUCAAGUACGGCUGGAUCAGCGGCGAGGCCGGGACCAGCAACCCCAACCUGCAGUGGAUGACCAGCCAGCAGAGCCACUGGAAGACGGAGUGGAAGGCCGGCGUGUGGCACAACGUCGCCUACGAGAUUGACUUCAGCGCCAACACGGUCGGCUUCUGGCACUCGGAGGGCGGCGACCCGCUGAAGCAGGUGGUGGCGCCCGUGUCGGCGUCGACGUCGUCCAACGGCGCCGACUGGCACCUGGGCGUGCUGGAGCUGCCGCGCUCGGGCUACGCGGACGCCACCGAGGACUUCUACUUCUCGGGCGUGUACAUCGAGGACGGCACCAUCACGACGACCAUUGGCGGGCCGGGUGUGUGA